AUGAAGACCCUGCUCCUCACCAUCGGCUUCAGCCUCAUUGCGAUCCUGCAGGCCCAGGAUCCCCCAGCCUUGGGAAAGGACACUGUGGCUGUGUCAGGGAAAUGGUAUCUGAAGGCCAUGACAGCAGACCAGGAGGUGCCUGAGAAGCCUGACUCAGUGACUCCCAUGAUCCUCAAAGCCCAGAAGGGGGGCAACCUGGAAGCCAAGAUCACCAUGCUGACAAAUGGUCAGUGCCAGAACAUCACGGUGGUCCUGCACAAAACCUCUGAGCCUGGCAAAUACACGGCAUACGAGGGCCAGCGUGUCGUGUUCAUCCAGCCGUCCCCGGUGAGGGACCACUACAUUCUCUACUGCGAGGGCGAGCUCCAUGGGAGGCAGAUCCGAAUGGCCAAGCUUCUGGGAAGGGAUCCUGAGCAGAGCCAAGAGGCCUUGGAGGAUUUUCGGGAAUUCUCAAGAGCCAAAGGAUUGAACCAGGAGAUUUUGGAACUCGCGCAGAGCGAAACCUGCUCUCCAGGAGGACAGUAG